AUAGAAUAUGUAAUCUUCUAAUUAUGUAAAGCAUAUAUUGUGUAAUCAUCUAAUUAUGUAUAGGCUAUAAUUAGAGAAUAAAUUAGAAUAAUCAGUCAAUCAAUCACGACUAAAUUAACGUGAUUGAUUCUGCAAAUAUUCAAUCAGAAUACUUGCCUUGUAAUAUGUAUAUAUACUCCAAGUCAAUGAAUAACAAAUCACGGAGUUAUACUUCUAACAUGGUAUCAGCAGUUUAAACACAAACACGCAGCCCUAGCCCUCGCCGUAGCCACUGUCUUCUUCCUCUGCUCCGUCAAACACCAUGGCUGGCGAUGACCCAACUCCUUUGCCUCCUUCUACACACCCUGCCCUUACUGUAAGCAACAUCAAAACCUUCAUUCCCGUUAUGUUGGAGCUCGAAUCAUCCCAAUAUGGGUCGUGGGCUGAACUAUUUCAGAUUCAUGCUAGGGCUUUCCUCGUCCUCGACCACAUCAUUCCACCAACUGAUCCGACGGCUGCACCAACGGUGGACAAGGCUCUCUGGUCUCGUAUUGAUGCCAUUGUUCUCCAAUGGAUAUACGGGACGAUUUCUAACGACCUCCUUCACACUAUCAUUGAGCCUGGUUCCACUGCACAAGAAGCAUGGGAUCGUUUGCGAGAACUCUUCCAAAACAACAAAAACUCGCGAGCGGUUCACUUGGAGCAUAAGUUCUCGACGAUUGCUAUGGCCGACUUCCCUAAUGCCACGGCCUACUGUCAGCAACUCAAAAUGCUUGCUGAUCAACUAGCCAACGUUGGCGCCCCGGUAUCCAACCACCGCAUGGUCCUCCGCCUUGUCGCCGGUCUCCCGGGUGAGUAUCGUAAUGUUGCAUCUCAAAUUCAGCACAAAGAUCCUCUUCCUUUAUUUCCUGUUGCUCGUUCUAUGUUGUUAUUGGAAGAAGAUACUUUAAACGCUAGUGCCGCCAUCGAGGCCUCCGCGAUGGUGGCUGCCACAAAUGAUACCCAUGACCACCGUGAUAAUGGUAACAAUAAUUACCACGGUGGCCGUGGGAAUCGCAACAAUUACAGGGGGAAAAAGGGAGGUGGCCGUGGUGGCGGUCGCGGAAAUUCAGACCACCGUGGGCAUGGUGGUCGUGGCAAGGGAGGCAGUGUCCGUGGUGGUGGCCACGGUGGCCACGGUGGGACGCCCAACCAGCCACAGCAACAAGGUUGGGCUCAGCCACAACAACUCUUCUUUCCAUGGAUGCAACAUUGGGCCCCUCCAUGCCCAUAUCCAACCAACCAUUGGGCUCGUCCAUCAGGCCCAGCUAAUCAGCAGGCUGGUAUUCUUGGCCCAAGGCCAGCACAGGCUUUCACUGCGGCAGGGCCUUCUUAUUGCCCAACGGACAUCGAUCAUGCAAUGCACACUAUGUCUCUUCACCAACCCGAUCCUAAUUGGUACAUGGACACCGGUGCCACUUCCCACAUGACGUCUAAUCAAGGACUACAAGACGGGGACGCAUCUCAUGAGAUGUGAUAGCAAAGGCGACCUCUAUCCCAUCCCCUCCUCUCUCAAAACUCAAGCCAUUUCACCAUCCGCUUUUGCUGCUAUCUCACCUACCUUAUGGCAUGACCGAUUAGGCCAUCCGGGUGCCCCUAUUUUAUCGUCUUUAUGCAAAAAUAAG